AUGCUGGCUGCCGCAGGGCACAACGGGUACUUCGCCUGCGUGUCCGGCCUGGCGAGCUCCUACCAGAGCUGGCGGUGUGCGGGCGCGCCCAUCUCCGCCAUCUGCCAGCCGACCGACCAGGGCGUGCGCGUGGUGCCGAGGAAGGUGCACCUGCAGGGCCCCGCCUGGAACGCCUGGAAGAGGAUCCGCGCGGAGUGCGCCACCAGCGACAUGUACUGCAACCCUGGCCCGGUGCAGUUGUCCGGGGUCGGGUGCGAGAGCGUGACGGAGACAUUGAAGCAAGGUCAGACCCAGUGGGGUUCCGAUAAGAACUACCUCAGCACCCUGGAUCACUUGCGGUCCAAGAUCGAGGAGCUGAGCGCCGCGUGCCGCCCCGGCUGCGAGACGCGCCUCGCGGAGAUCCUGCAGCUCUACGAGCUCCCCACCACGGAGCUGGGGGCAAAGACGCUCGUGAAUCAACCUCUUUGCCAGGACGAGGUCGCGGUGCUCGACAUGGCGCGGCCCGGUCUAAAGGAGCUCGGGAACCCGUUGUCCGACGCCGACUGCAAGCGCAUUGGCGUCAAUCCGGGCCGCAGGGUCAAAGUCGACCGCGGACUCAUUCAACAUGCCCCAGAGGGCCAAUACUUCGACGCCCACGGCCCCCCCCCUGAGUUCGGAGACAACGCGGCCUUCAACAAGUUCAAGAAGGAGGUUGUGGAAGGCGCGGCCGCCAUCUACGCGACCCACGAAGCGGCCGCAGAGCUAGGCCCAGCCGCCGGCCGGCACAGCCUGGGCCGGGCGGGCGCCGCCUACCUGGCGGCGGCGGGGCCAGCUAACUCCUGGAAGGUCCGCAGCCUGACCUGCAGUGUUGUUGUUCUACAGAACGUUGAUUGCGACCAACAGUACAACCUCGAGCAGCACGGCCAGGACCAGCACCGCACCGGCCAGUGCAAUGUCCACGGCGCGUGCCACGGCGUGUUCCACGUCGCCAGUGCGCGCCUGCACGAGCGCUGUCGGGUCGGCCAACGCAACGUCGGGCAGCACGACUUCGAGCGUGCGGCGCGCUGCUCUUGGUCGGGCUCGCUCCCCAGCUCCCCCCGCGGCUCGUGGAUGGCGGCGACCUUGCGGCUAGACCACGCAGCCCUGGAGACGGCCUGGCUGAUGGAUGUCUGCGCGUUCCACGCUUUCGCUGUUCUCGUGCCGGCCAACGCCGGGUGGCAGAUCCCACUCAAUCCCUUGGGCCCCAUCAUGCACGUGGCCGCGGUAUUGUUGUUCACGGGCGCCGCCACGGUUGGCGCUGCAUCUUCGUCGCCUUGGCGGCACAGUUACGACUACCAGGGCGUGGUGGAGCACUAUUGCCACGAGCGGAAGGAUUGGGGCAAGUUGCCAGCGAGACCCGAGAACGCGUCCCAAUUGCUCCAGGUGCAGGUCUUCAUUCGCCACGGGGCGCGGACGCAGUGCUCCACCAAGCCGGCUUGCUGGGCCGCCGAGGACCAAGACACGGGAAGUUACACGUGCGACCUCUCUUUCAUGGAGAAUACAGUGCUUGGAGUGGACGGUGCGGGCGGCCCAGCGGGGCCUUUUUUCCGAACGGUAUACCUGCCGGGCCGCAACGCGUUGCCUGGAGGCGGCAAUUGUAUGGUUGGCCAGCUCGUCAAGAGUGGUUUCGAUAUGGAGGUCCAGAACGGCCAGCGUUUACGCGAGGCAUACGUGGACCGGGAAGGAUUCUUACCCGUGGCGCUGGCAGACGUCGAUCCAGAGGUUUUCAUGAAGGAUUUCUUCCUCAGGAGCACGGACGUGCCGCGCACACGGCAGUCAGGGAUGGCCCUCUUCACCGGCAUUUAUGGUGACGUGGACACUGGCCGAAUGCCACACAUCACGCUCAACACAAUGGAUUUCGCCAAUGAGAACAUGUUGGUGAGCAACGCCUGCCCAGAGGCAGCCCAGCUAGCCCAGAGGCGUUAUUUCGAGACUUUAGAGAAUGAGGAGGAGAUCUUGAACCUGUGCCGUCAGCUUGCGCCGUCCUCGGUCGACAGCUCCUCCACGAAUGAUUGCUUCUGGUUCCUUCAGCACCUCGUGGAUUGCCUCAUGUCCCGGGCGUGCCCUACAGUGCCGUUCCAGCCGCACAACUCCACCAUCCCGCCAGAGUUCCUCUCGGAUGACGCGGCGCUCUUUCGGAAGGUGUGGGCCGCAACGGACACGGCACAGCACGGCUAUUUCAAGGCGCUCGCGCGGCUCGGCAUCGGGCCCUUCGUCGGCGAAGUGCUGCAUGCGGCGAAAGGCGCGCUGAACGGAAGUGCGCCCAAGUUUCUCCUCUUCAGCGGCCACGACACCGGGCCCAUGGAGCCUCUGUGGGCGGCCUUUGGGCUGCGCCCCACGCCGCCGUACUGGCCACCUUUUGCCAGCAUGCUGGUGCUGGAGGUGUGGAACUCCAGCGGUGGACCCCUGACACGAUGGAUCUCGAACGGCGAGGUCGCUGGAGGUGGCACGGCGCCCUUCGAGAGUUUCGCCCACCAGGCAGAGGCACUGGUGCCAGGACGCGAGGAGUGCGAGGCCACAGGCGACGAUCUGGCCAGGGCGCCGCUGCGGGGCCUCGCCCCGGCGUGGGGCCUGCCUCGCGAGGCCCUGUUCCGGCAGGACGGGUACGCGUUCGCAGCGUGCGCUUGGGUACUCGCGAUGCUGGCGGGCGCGGGCGCGGUCCGUUCUGGCUUCUACGUUCAUCGAAGAACGCAGGACAGGAGUGAGCGUGCUCAGUCGGAUGUCCGCUCAGAUUUCUUGGGUCGGAGCUGGGCCCCUGCUGGCGGUGCGUCUGGCGCCGCCCCCCUGGCGCGAUUCGUGGGAACCCGCGCAGACCUCCGACAGUGUAUGCUUACGUAUGUUGUGUGUGUCUUCUGGGUCAGGGCAGGAGGAGGGGACCUUUGGAAUGAGGCGAGAGAAGAAAAAGCCUCGCAGCGCAGCGCGUGCAUGCAUGAACGCAUUCCCGACUUGCUCUUGCUUGAUACAGUUCUGUCUCCAUCUGGUCUCGCCGAGACCACUAACCACAUGAUUUGGGUGGAUUGUAUGGUCACUGCGUCGUGAUGAUAGCAAGACUUUCGCGCUGCCUUUCCGCUGAAUAGGCUCGUCAGGCUCGUGCCGAGGGCCAGUGCACGCUCGUCAAGCUCGCCGCGAGCAGUUUCCAUGAGGCCAGAGGGUUCGGGCAGCUUGGCCGCGAGCAGGUCGGCCUCUGCGAGCGCUCCUUGGCAACAGCUGGCCACGCCUGUUCCUCCAUUGCGGCUUCUCUCUGUACCCACGGCCUCUGCGCAGAGCGCAGGACUCGCAGCAGUGAUCCAAGUCGUUGUUGUGCAAAGGCGGUGCUACAGAUAGUCAGUCCCAUGUGUGUUUGCGUGUUUCAGUUUCCGCAGCCAGAGGGCGCCACUUCGGCGCCUUCGCAUUAUAUUCGCAUCAUGUCGUUAACCUUGACAAGUGUUCAUGAUCCAGCGCCGUUCUCGUGCGCACUCGUCAGGCAUGAAUCGCCUAUCCAAGUAUUGGGGCGCCAAGUAGGCAGCAACUCCGUUGUAUUGUUAGGCAUAUACUUCCAGCUGGUUGACCAUAGUUCGCCCAUGGCGACAGCCUAUCAUAUCCACGAAGCGAUGUACGAUGGUUCGCUUUUGGUCAAACGGAUUCAGAUUGCAGUUUCAAUCGCGUGACAUAUGGAUACAGCGGCGAGGCAGCAAUUGCACGCGAACUGCUCGGCUUGCC